UGUGAGAGGAGCUUCGCCCCUGUGUACAGCAGCGCUCCCGCGAGACUCAUUGCACCGACUGCAGCGCGAGUCAUCCCCUCUCCAGUGACAGUCAGUCCUGUCGGCGAGCGGAACCGACGAACCCGGCGACCAUGAAGAAGGUGCAGGCGGACGGAGAGAGGAGGCUCGGCGAGUGCGGGCGGGCGGCUGUCUUACUCCUUGUGCUCGGUUGUUUUCAUUCUGCAUCCUCUGUUCCGUUUGAAGUGAAAGAAGGAAAUAACACCUGCAUAAUUGCUGACAUUUUUAUCAAUUUUACAGUGGAAUACACUGCUCUCGGUAAACAGGAAAAAGCUGCGUUUGACCUGCCAUCAAAUGCAGAAGUGGAUUCAAGAAGCACUUGUGGCACAGAAAACGGCACAGCCCCGGUUUUAGCCAUCAGCUUCCGAAAUCACUCCCUGACCAUUAAUUUCACAAAAACGGCGUCAAGCUAUCAAGUUGCAGAAAUAGUAUUUGCUUACAACUUGUCAGACAAGAAUAUUUUCCCUAAUGCUACUGAAAAUGUGACAAAAGAAGUUUCCUCAAACAACUCUGCCAUAUCUGCUGAGAUGAACACUUUCUAUAGAUGUUUUCAUCCACACCUCAUCACUAUGGGAUCUGUCAAUGCAACCUUUCAUGAUGUAAAGAUUGAAGCUUUUUUAAAGCAAAAUACGUAUAGUAAAAAGGACACUUUGUGCAGCGAGGAUGUUGUCCCUACUUCACCACCUACGACUGCAGCACCGACAAGUGCACCGUUUGUACCAACGCCCCCCCCAGUGGGGGAUUACACGGUUAACGGGACAUCUGGACCUUGCAUACUAGCGAAAAUGGGCUUGCAGCUUAACGUCACCUACACUAAACAGGAUGACAAGGAUGCCCUGUAUGUUUUCAAUAUUGAUCGAAACAAUUUUAACGUGAGUGGAAGCUGUGGAAAUACUUCAGCAAUCAUAUUAUUGUCAUCUGAUGCUGUGCAGCUCUCCCUUCAGUUUGCAUUGAAUUCCAGUGCCGGUAAAUAUUACCUUAGCGGUGUAGCAGCGAACACAACCCUGCCGGCAGAUUCAAAAGUUCCCAAGCUUGGAGUGGCAAAUAAUAGCCUGACGUACUUUCAGACUACAGCCCGUAAAUCCUACAGGUGCAAUGCUAAACAAGCUCUUGAAAUCACGAGCAAAUUCACACUGAACACCUACAACGUUCAAAUUCAGCCUUUUGACGUGAGCGGAAAUGCAUUUGGACCUGCUGUGGAGUGUGCUCUGGAUGAGAAUAGCAUGCUGGUGCCGAUUGUGGUUGGUGCUGCCCUGGCUGGACUUGUUCUGAUUGUACUGAUCGCCUAUCUCGUCGGAAGGAAGAGAAGUCAUGCUGGAUAUCAAACAAUAUAAUUGAUACCCCACCCAUUGUAAAUUUCCCAUUAUAUCAACAAGAAGAUUGCUGUGAACAGGCAUUUUUGAUUAGGGAUACUAAUCUGUGUGAGCACAACGUCACACAAACCGCUUAAUAAGAUAUUCUGUUAUUUUAAUGUGUUUCUGCAUAUGUUGACUAUGCACUGAGAUCUUUAAUUGAAAUUAUGAUGCUCAAAA